CUUCUUUGCAAAAUGGCCACUUCUCGCUCGUUCAUUUCAUUUUUUGCCUUCAACGAAAUAAGUAAACUAUUAACUCCAAAAUGGCGGACGCAGCUCCAGCCCGUGGUGGUUUUCGUGGAGGAUUCGGUUCACGUGGUGGACGUGGUGGUCGAGGUCGCGGGCGUGGCCGUGGACGUGGAGGCCGAGGACGCGGGGGAAAAGAAGAUUCUAAAGAUUGGGUCCCAGUUACCAAAUUAGGGCGUUUGGUUAAGGACGGAAAAAUACGUUCAUUAGAAGAGAUCUACCUGUACUCUCUGCCUAUCAAAGAGUUCGAAAUCAUCGACUUCUUCUUGGGUGCUGCUCUUCGUGAUGAAGUUUUAAAGAUUAUGCCAGUACAGAAGCAAACUCGUGCUGGUCAACGUACACGCUUUAAAGCGUUUGUCGCUAUUGGUGAUAACAACGGCCAUAUUGGUUUGGGUGUUAAAUGCAGCAAAGAGGUUGCGACCGCUAUCCGUGGAGCAAUUAUUUUGGCAAAAUUAUCUGUGGUGCCUGUUCGACGUGGUUAUUGGGGCAACAAAAUCGGUAAGCCUCACACAGUCCCUUGCAAGGUAACGGGCAAAUGCGGCUCUGUAUCAGUACGUUUGAUCCCAGCACCUCGUGGCACUGGCAUUGUAUCUGCCCCCGUCCCUAAGAAAUUGCUUAUGAUGGCUGGUAUU